GUGGGGAAAAGCUGAAAUGGCUUUCCUCAAUUUUCCUAAUUUUUUGAUAAUAAAUUCAUUAUUUACUUUAAGCAUUAUAACACAAUGUAGGACUAACGAUAUAUUAGGUUGCGGGGGAUUUGUAAAGAGUCACGUCAGCUUGGAUUUUUCAAAAAUCGAAAUUGGCUUGUAUACCAGGGAAGGGAGCUUGAAGGAAAAAACGGAGUGCGCUCCUACUAAUGGUUACUACUUUUUACCGCUCUACGAGAAAGGGGACUACGUGUUGAGGGUUCAUCCGCCUGCCGGAUGGAGCUUCGAGCCCUCGCACGUCGAUAUCGUCGUCGACGGCGAGACGGACCCGUGUUCCUCCAGUCAGGAUAUAAAUUUCUCGUUCAACGGGUUCGGUAUAACGGGCCAAGUGAUCACAGCCAGCCAGAAGUCUGGCCCCAGUGGUGUGAACGUGCAGCUGGUGAAUGAGAAGGGUGACGUGCGGAAUGCAGUAACCACAGCCGGUGGGGAGUUCCACUUCACCCCAGUGAUACCUGGGAAAUAUGUUGUGAAGGCCUCACACUCCAAAUGGAAGCUGGAGCCGUCACAAACAGUGGUGCAGGUGAAGGAGGGCAACACUGUGCUUCCUGUGGGAUCUCUGGCCGUCCGGGGAUAUGAUGUCACCGGGUCUGUGCACUCUUUCGGCUCUCCCAUCAGCGGAAUUUAUGUGCUGUUGUACUCAAAAGAGGAAAAUCCCAAAUUCAGAGUUGAAGGAUGCAAGACUGCCCUGCUACAAGGAGUGCCUGAUGCUCCCAUCUGUUACUCUGUGACGGAUGCCUCCGGAGAGUUCUCCUUUGGCUUGGUGCCAGCCGGAGACUAUAAGCUGCUGGCUUUGGCCAAGUCUCCCGGACAGACCACAGUCUCAUACAACAUCAAGCCUGACAUAGUCCCACUGAAUAUAAAGCAUGACAGCUUAUUUAUAAGGAAUGCUUUUGAAGUGACUGGAUUCAAUGUAGUGGGAUCUGUGCUCUCAGCCCCUGGUGGUAGCGGCAUGGCGGGAGUGCGCGUCCUGAUGGGCGGGGAACCCAUAGCCACCACCAACAAGGCCGGACAGUUUCCCAUGAGAGAUCUCAAGCCUGGCGUGUAUACUUUAACUUUCCAGCAUGAGCAGUGCGAGAUAGAGGCGACGCGGGUUCAGGUGUCGGCCGGGGGCGUAUCGGCCGUCACCGCAGCAGUCGCCCGCUGGCGCGUGUGCGGCGCGCUCGCCCCGCCCUCCGCCCGCACGGUCAGCGUGCACGCCGCACCCGACCGCCCGGUUGUCGCCACAGCUCGUGCUGAUAAUGAUGGAAAAUGGUGCACCUUCCUACCGCCCGGCACAUACUCGGCGCGCGUGGAGGUCUCAGAGCAAGAACAGAGAGAAGGCUUACAAUUCUACCCCGAGUGGCGUUCUAUAUCGGUGGGGCGGGGCGCGGUGACUGACGCGUCGUUCUCGAUGGUGCGUGUGAGCGUGCGCGGGCGAGUGCGGUGCGGCGCGCGCUGCGGACACGUGCGCGUCACGCUGCGCCCGCUCGCCGCUGACGGUAGCUAUACCGCGCCGCCGAGGACAGCGGAACUCAAGGACGAGCAGUACGUGUUCGAGGAGGUGUCGCCGGGCAGCGUGGAGGUGUCUGCGGUGUCGCGGCGCGUGUGCUUCCACGAGCCGCGCCGCAACGUGCUCGCCGCGCACGACGCCCCGCCCCUCGCCGACUUCGAGCCGCGCGGACUGCUGCUAAGACUGAGCCUGUCGCACGAAUCCGAUGUGGAGUACGAGAGCGAGACGGGCGAGCGCGGUAGUCUGGCGCUGCCGGCGGGCGAGUCGACGCGCUGCCUGCCCGCCGCCGACCGCUACACGCUGACGCCGCGCGGCUGUCACCGCAUGCGACCCGCUAGCGUCACUGUCGACAUGACGCAGCCCGGGGAUGACGCGCCGCUGGUAUCGUUCUUGGCGGAAGCGCACGCGGCGACGGUGACCGUGUCGGCGCCGAGCGGCGUGACGCGGUGUCAGCUGCUGGUGACGGUAGACGGCGCCACCGAGACGGUGAACCUCAAGCCGGUGCCGCGCGGGGACGACGUGCUGUUCGAGCACACGCUGUAUCUCGCCGAGGGUGCGGUGGCGGAGAUAGUGGCGCAGUCGCCGGAGCUGGUGUGGACGGUGGGCAGCGGGCGCGUGCGCGGCGCGGGGCGGUGCCAGCCCGCGGCGCUGCGGCUGCGUGGCGCGCGCGCGCAGUACGUGCGGGGACGCAUCGCGCCGCCCGUGUCGGGGGUUACUGUUACACUCACCGCUGACAACAUAAAGCUGACGCAGAUCACUCCAGAAGACGGCGCGUACUCGUUCGGUCCGCUCGACGCGACGCUCCAGUUCGCCGUCACCGCGCACAAGGAGUCGUACUCGUUCGGCGAGCGCCGGCCGAAUGGCGACAUCCCGGCGCAGAAGCUGGCCGAGAUUAUCGUGGAACUGGUCGAUGAUGCUGAUGGAACACCACUUGAGGGCGCGGUGGUGUCUGCGAGCGGCGGUCAGUUCCGUCGCAACGUGGUGUCGGACGCGGGCGGGCGCGUGCGGCUGACGGCGCUCGGCGCCGCGCAGUACUACGUCAAGCCCAACAUGAAGGAGUACAAGUUCGCGCCGCCGCACCACAUACACCAGCUGCCCGAGGGCGAGACGGUCAAGCUGACCUUCCGCGGCACACGCGUGGCGUGGUCCGCGGUGGGUCGCGCGGUGACGUUGGGUGGUGCGGGCGCGGCAGCGGCCCUGCGUGCGCGCCCCGCCCCCGCCAGCGCCGCGGACACGCGCUGCGCCGCGCAGGAGGCCACCGCUGAUUCCGAGGGACACUUCCGUAUCCGCGGUCUGCAGCCGGGCUGCGUGUACACGAUAGAGCUGAAGGAGUCCGCCGAGCAGCUCGAAUUGGCGCGCGCGCCGCCACCAAUUGAGGUGCGAGGCGCGGACGUGACGGGUCUCCGUCUCGUGGUGUACCGGAGCACACUCGCCACCGACAGCAGCGUACUUAUCCGCGCCCCCGCCGACGCCUACCGCUCCCUGCGCCUCACCCUGGCGCCCCAGGGCGGCGGCGCCCUGCUCACCCUGCGCCCCGAGCCCCCCGCGCCCCUCGUGCAGCUGCCCCGCCUGCCCGCCGACAACAAGACCUAUGUGGUGACCCUGGAGACGCCGCGCGGCGAGAUCGUGCGGGAAUUUGUCUCGGACGGCGUCUACAAACACUUCGAUUUGGAGUACAAGCCCGAGGUCCGCGGCGGGUCGCAGGAGGUGCGCGGGGGGUCGAUGCCGCUGCUGCUGCUGCUGGGCGUGGUGGCGGCGCUCGUCUGGCAGCGAGACCGCCUAGUCGCACUCGUCACUAAGGCGGCCGCGCUCAGACAGGAGAGAGCCAAGGUGGAGGGACGACAGAGGAAGAAGCAGCAGUAGACGGUUCCAUAGGGGUGAUAAAAAAAUAGCGCUAGAGGAUUUAGGCUUCAGGCUCGAAAUCAAGAUCAGACGCGGGCGUGUUCCAAUGUAUAGAUUUAUAUGGACACGCCUUGAAAGCCGCUCGCCGCGUGGCGUGGCUUAUCCGUAUAAUUCUAUACAUGAAUUGGGACGUGCCACUCCCGCCCCGCCGCCCGCUGAUUUAGAGACUGAAGCCUGAUAGUUAAAACGACCUCAUUCCGAAGUAAUAUCAGAAACGUAAAAUGAUAGAGCUAAAUUUAUAUCCAUAUGGAGUGUGGACAGGAACGAUUUAAUAGGAGUGUGUCAGUUUUUUACAUCUUUCGAUCUAAGACUGAACUGUUUUGAGCUAUUUUACUGGUGUCAUGUAUUUGUGUGAAACAUAAAGUUUUUGGUAUAUUACCUUACCGGCCGCCUAGACGAGCAAUUUUAUUGUCAAUAUCACGCUUCAAUUUCAUUGAAC